CUUUUUGCGCUUCUUUUGAAUGCAAAUUGCUAAUAGGCAUGACCGGUGAAACUCUGUUUGACACUAUUCCCUCCGAAAUUAGUGACUUAUUAGUGGAUUUUUCGGAUUCUAUCGAAGAAAUUAAUAAACUUUUAGUUGCUUAUAAAGAUGCUCUUAAAACUUGUGAAAAUGAGGCAAGUAUUCAUAAGCUUUAUUUACCCAAAAUGCAACGCGUUCAAAUUGAACUCUCUUUGACAUAUACCAUGAAUGCAUUAUUCUAUGUAUAUCUUCGAUGUCAUGGAGUUGAUACUUCUGAUCAUCCCAUUGUCAGCGAAUUGCAGCGACUAACAGCCUGCCUAAAACGAUGUCAGAGUAUCUGCAGUAAACAGUCAAAUGAAAAUCAGCAUGCUCAUUUGGACAAAGAGGCCACAAAACGUUUUGUCAAGCGUGCACUUUGGCAAUCUGUUCAGGCUAAGCCCAAAAGGCGAAAAAUGGAUUUAGACUAG